AAUGACUACAUUAAACAGUUAUUGAUAUUUCGGUUAACCGACUGGUCAAUGAAUGGAAGAUGGCGUCCGGGUCGAUUGAGAUCCCCUUGCGGGAUACGGACGAGGUAAUUGAAUUGGACCUGGACCAACUACCUGAAGGAGAUGAGGUUCUCAGUAUUCUCCGCCAGGAAAUGGCACCACUUCAUCUCUGGGUCACAUUGGCUCUGGAAUACUACAAACAGGCAUAUGUUGAGGAUUUUGUCAAGAUUUUGGAGGCUUCACGUACAGAUGCCAGCCUUGACUACCACAACUUUGAGCGUGACCAGAUGCGAGCACUUGACACCCUUGCUGCGUAUUACGUACAGAUGGCCCAUAGAGAGAAAAACAAGGAUGACAAGAGAGAACUGUUCACCAAAGCCACUCUCUUGUACACAACAGCUGAUAAAAUCAUUAUGUACGAUCAGAACCACUUGUUGGGCCGAGCUUACUUCUGUCUGCUGGAAGGGGACAAGAUGGAUCAGGCAGAUGCACAGUUCAACUUCGUGCUGAACCAGUCAAGUAACAACAUCCCCUCACUGCUGGGCAAAGCCUGCAUUGCCUUCAACAAGAAAGACUAUCGAGGUGCCCUGGCGUAUUACAAGAAAGCCCUGAGAACAAACCCCAACUGCCCUGCCUCAGUAAGACUGGGCAUGGGGCACUGCUUUGUCAAACUCACCAGGUUGGAAAAAGCAAGAAUGGCUUUUGAGCGAGCCCUGAUGCUAGACGCCAACUGUGUAGGUGCGUUGGUUGGCCUGGCUAUUCUGGAACUGAAUGCCAAGACCCAGGAUUCAAUCAAGAAUGGUGUACAGCUGCUCUCCAAGGCCUACACCAUUGAUUCCACCAACCCCAUGGUCCUCAACCACCUUGCCAACCAUUUUUUCUACAAGAAGGAUUACCAGAAAGUUCAGCACCUGGCACUGCAUGCCUUUCACAACACAGAGAAUGAGGCCAUGAGAGCUGAGAGUUGUUACCAGCUGGCCAGAGCCUUCCAUGUACAGGGCGACUAUGACCAGGCCUUCCAGUAUUACUACCAGUCAACACAGUUCUCCCCUGGCAACUUUGUGCUGCCGUUCUUUGGACUUGGUCAGAUGUACAUCUACAGAGGAGAUAACGACAAUGCCUCCCAGUGUUUUGAGAAGGUGCUGAAGGCCCAGCCCGGUAACUAUGAGACCAUGAAGAUCCUGGGGUCACUGUAUGCCAACUCCCCAGAGUCUGAUCGCAGAGAUACGGCAAAACAACACUUGAAGAAGGUGACUGAACAGUUCCCGGAUGAUGUCGAAGCUUGGAUUGAGCUGGCACAGAUUCUUGAACAGUCAGACGUACAGGGUGCAUUGUCAGCAUAUGGAACAGCAACACGUAUCCUGAAAGAGAAAGUUCAGGCUGAUGUACCUCCUGAGAUCCUCAACAAUGUUGCUGCUCUGCAUUUCAGACUUGGCAACUACCAGGAGGCUAAGAAAUAUUAUGAAGCAUCCUUAGAGAGAUCUCGGAAUGAGGCUCAACAUGAUGAAACGUACUACAGCGCGAUCUCUGUGACAACCACAUACAACCUGGCUCGACUGUAUGAGGCCCUGAACGAGUAUGACAAGGCAGACAAACUCUACAGGAACAUCCUCCGAGAACAUCCUAAUUAUGUGGACUGUUAUUUGCGACUGGGCUGCAUGGCUCGAGACAGAGGUCAGAUCUACGAGGCAUCAGAUUGGUUUAAGGAAGCCUUACAGAUUAAUCAGGAUCAUCCUGAUGCUUGGUCGUUGAUCGGCAACCUCCAUUUGGCGAAACAAGAGUGGGGUCCUGGACAGAAGAAGUUUGAGCGUAUCCUGCAACGUCCUGGUACAAAGGAUGAUGCCUACUCUCUGAUCGCCCUUGGCAACGUGUGGUUGCAGACUCUUCAUCAACCGAUGAGAGAUAAGGAGAAGGAAAAGCGGCACCAAGACCGAGCACUGGCGAUGUACAAGCAAGUCAUGAGGAAUGACGCUCGCAACAUCUGGGCUGCUAAUGGCAUUGGUUGUGUGCUGGCACACAAGGGUUGUAUCAAUGAGUCUAGGGACGUGUUCGCCCAGGUCCGCGAGGCCACAGCCGACUUCUGCGAUGUAUGGCUCAACAUCGCUCACAUCUACGUGGAACAGAAGCAGUAUGUUGCAGCUGUGCAGAUGUACGAGAAUGCACUGAAGAAGUUCUUCAAACACCACAAUGUAGAAGUGAUGGUGUACCUAGCUCGAGCCUACUUCAAGUGUGGAAAACUGGCAGAAUGUAAACAGGUGCUCUUGAAGGCCCGCCAUGUGGCUCCCCACGACACCGUUCUACUGUUUAACAUCUCGCUGGUGCAGCAGAGGCUGGCAACACAGAUCCUUAAGGAUGAGAAGAGCAACCUCAAGACUGUCCUCAGUGCUGUCCGUGACCUUGAGCUGGCUCACAGGUAUUUCAGCUACUUGGGGCAGUUUGGAGACAGGAUGAAGUUUGAUCUGAACCAGGCUGCAGCUGAAGCAAGACAAUGCUCUGAUCUGCUGAGUCAGGCUCAGUAUCAUGUGGCUCGAGCAAGGAAGAUAGACGAGGAAGAAAGAGACUUGAGGAAGAAGCAGGAGGAAGAGCGAGAGGCCCUCAGACUCCGACAGAGGCAGGAGGAGGAUGAGAAGCAGCGUAUGCGUGAGGAGGUGGAGCGCCGUCUGUUUGAACAGAGAGCUGUGUUUGUGGAGAAGGCCAAGAAGAUUGCUGCAGAGCCAGAGAUGGAAGAGAAACCAAAGAAAGGUGGAGGCAGGAAAUCCAAGAGGAAUUAUGAUGGCGACAUCAUCUCGGAUGGAAGUGAGGAUGAAAUGCCCCGCAAGAGGAAGAAGAAGCGACAUGCUAGCAGUGGCUCAGAGGGAGAAGAGGACCAGGAGAAUAGGAGGAAGAAGAAGAACAAGAGACGAUCCAAACACAACAGAGACUCUGAUGAUUCUGGAGAUGAAGGCGGGAAGAAGGAACGCAAACCACGGAAGAGGAAGCAGAGGGAGCCCAAGGAAUCCAAGAGGAGGGACAAGAAGAAGAAAGUUGAUGAAGAUGAAGACGGUUUGACAGCCAAGCAGAGGAAGAAGAUCGUUUCUAAGGCCAUAAUCUCGUCCAGUGAGGGCUCUGAUUCUGAAGGGGGCAAGAAACUCCAGAUUGAUGACAGUGGUAGUGGCAGUGGUGAGGGUGGUGGUGGAAAGAGAAGACGCAUUCUCUCUGACAGUGACAGUGGUGGAGGAGGCAAGUCAGGGUCUGGCUCAGAUAGGUCCAGGUCCAGAUCAAAGUCUGGCUCAAGGUCAAGGUCAAGGUCAGGCUCUGGAUCAAAAUCACGAUCACGGUCCCGUUCUGGUUCCAGAUCCGGUUCUGGUUCACGAUCAAGAUCACGUUCUCGCUCUAGGUCUGGGUCACGGUCACGGUCGGGAUCUCGAUCUCGUUCAGGAUCUCGAUCUCGAUCGGGAUCCAGGUCACGAUCAGGAUCUAGGUCACGAUCUAGGUCUCGAUCUGGCUCAAGAUCUAGAUCUGGUUCAAGGUCACGUUCACGAUCAAAAUCUGGAUCUAGGUCACGAUCUGGAUCAAGAUCAAGAUCAGGCUCCAGGUCACGUUCAAGAUCAAGAUCAAAGUCAAGGUCACGAUCACGAUCAAGAUCAAGAUCUGGCUCAAGGUCUCGUUCAGGAUCAGAGAAGGGUUCAAAAAGAGGAAGUGGUGAUGAAGGCAGUGCCAAGUCUGGGGGAGAGUCUGGGAAUGAAUCCUGAGGUAACAAGACUAGACUAGCACUGGCAAUAAGUGCAGUUGAGAAGAAAAAAUGUUUGCGCCAUCACAAAUCACGUUGUACAGAGAUAAACAAUAAUUUCUAUUGGACAUUUCACCACAUCAUAUUUGCUUUUAUGUUUUGAUAACAUUGGUUUUCAGUGACAAUAACAUAAUGUGUAUUCACAUAUAACUGCUAAAAGGGUUUGAUGCAAGUUAAUGAUGAAAAUCUUCAGUGAAUAUCACAUACUGAAUGGUCAUAUCCCUAUUUGUGUGAAAGUGGAAAUUAUAAUGAAUUAACAAUAAAGAUGGCGGGCUGAUGAAAGUAAACAUAUUUUUUCAGUAUGGACAACUACAAAUACAUUUUGCUAAUAUGUAUAAUAGCAAUGAUAGGAUGUAUGUACUAUCAUCAUCAUCUCUUUUCAUUUUGUAAAUAGUUACCCAGAAAUAUCAGGUAUCUCAAUUAUGGUCAGAUGGUUUAACAGUGCCAUGUAUGGAUACUAAUGGAGAACAGGUGUAAUACUUUGUAUUCUUCUCUACACAGCAUGGUUCAGGGGUAGGACAUAGUCCCCAGAAACUUGUGUGUUGUAAGAUGUCUGCUAAAUCAGUUUGUCACGAACUCACCUGGUUCAUUAUGUGUGAUCGUAUCCUGAUUCAUUGAAACUUUCUCUUGCUAUCAACAGCUUGCAUGUUGACCCAGAGAUGAUUGGUAACAGAUUGCCGUGAUAUGUGACCCAGAGAUGAUUGGUUACAGGUUGUAAUGAUAUGAUGUUGACAAAAUACAAUGCUGUACACAAGGCCAUUCCAAGUGCAGUUCUGUUAUGAAUAACUCAUACUUUAAUCUUUGUGUGAAUGAAAUUUCAUUUAAAAGUAACAUUUGUGAUCGAAGCAUUGAGGUAAUUCUGGACAAGCCUGGUAAAAUGUUGACCUCCCAGUGGUGUGUUUGUAAGCUGAAGGGUGGUGAUGAUGUAUGUCUUAAGACAACCACAGACUGAGAUAACAGCAAGGGUCCGGUAUGGUAGGUACUGGUGUGCUUGUGGAUGAAGCCAUGAGUAUAGGUUUGAUUCAUCUUUGGUACAUGACUGAAGCCGAUCUUAUGUCACUUCCAUCCCAUAGUUGUGAAGACCCAACUCACCAACUUCAUGUACAUCUAUCCAGUCAACUGGGUACAAGCAUACUUGAUUUUGAUAUCUGACCUGUUUAAUUUGUACCUGUUGAUAAAUUUGCCGUACGUUUUCAUUUCAAUAAACAUUGGUCUACAA